UGGGGGCCUCCAAGGCCCAGCCAAGACGGAAGGCUCCUCAGCAGAGGGUACAUCUGGAGAAGGAUCCAGAAAGACCUGUGGUCCAAGCCUCUGACCCGGGUCAGGGAUGGGCUGCAACAGCUGUCCCGCCCAGCUCUGCACUGGUAUCCCUCUCCCCAGCCCUGAUUGCUGUCUCUUCCGUUCAUUUUGGCUUCUAGGGAGUCAUCUCAGCAGCGUCAACAUGUCCCGGCCCAGCAGCAGAGCCAUUUACUUGCACCGGAAGGAGUACUUGCAGAAUCUCACCUCAGAGCCCACCCACCUGCAGCUCAGGGUGGAGCACCUGCUGACAUGUAAGCUGGGGAUGCAGAGAGUCCAGGAGCCCAAGGAUGCCCUGCAAAAGCUACAGGAAAUGGACGCUCAGGGCCAGGUGUGGAGCCAGGACUUGCUCCUGCAAGUCAGGGAUGGCUGGCUCCAGCUGCUGGACAUCGAGACAAAGGAGGAACUGGAAUCUUACCGCCUGGACAGCAUCAAGGACAUGGACGUGGCACUCAACACCUGCUCCUACAACUCUGUCCUGUCCAUCACUGUGCAGGAUUCAGGCCUGCCAGCCACUAGCACUCUGCUUCUCCAGUGCCAGGAAGUGGGGGCAGAGCAACUGAAGACCAGCCUGCAGAAGGCUCUGGAGGAGGAGCUAGAGCAAAGGCCCCGAUUCGGAGCCCUUCUCCCAGGUCAGGACAGAUGCAGGGGGCCUCUUCUGAAAAGGCCGAUCCCUAAGGAGCAGGUACCUCCUCUGGAGUGCGGACCCCCUCCAGAGCAGCACCACUGGAUGACCCCAGAGCACAACACACCACCAACCCCAAGGCCCCUGCCACACCACUCCAUCAUCCAAAACUCAAGUGCCUUCACUUUGCCUCCUUCGAGGAGGUCCCCAUCCCCUGGGGACCCAGAACGGGAUAAGGUAACUGCAGACUGUCUUGGGCUCCUUGAGGAUUUUUGGUCCUGGCCCAAGGGAGGACACCAGUCGUCUCCAUCACCCCAAGGAGCCAGGUGCCAGGAUGACCAAGGCAGGGCCUGGGCUGAGGAGGGACACGGAGCCUUGGUCAGACCCUGGGCUGGGCCUGAGGCUCAGGCUUGUGGUAGGAGGGAGCGGGGGGUCAGGGUUGGGAGUUCCAGGGUGGGCCUAACUGCCCACUCAGACCAUGGGUUGUUUGCGGUCCAGGAGGUGCUGAGCCACGUCCUAAGAGACAUCGAGCUAUUCAUGGAAAAGCUGAAGGAGGACCAGUCAAACACCAGUCAUAACAAGAAGAAACAGAGGAAGAAAAAGAUAAAGCAUCAGGGGGGGAUAACAGAGGCACAUUACAUCGACUGCUUCCAGAAGAUCAAGUGCAGCUUCAACCUCCUGGGAAAGCUGGCCAUGACGCUGCAGGAUACAAGCGCCCCUGCGUUCGUACACCUCCUCUUCCAAACUCUGAACUCCAUCCUGGAGCAGUGCCCUGAGCCUGGCCUAGCAGUCCAAGUCAUCUCACCCCUCCUCACCACCAAGGCCAUUGAUCUGCUGCAGUCCUGUCUAAGCCCACCUGAGAGUAACCUCUGGAAGUGGCUGGGCAUAGCCUGGACCACCAGCCAGGCCAACUGGACAGGCAGUGAGCCCCUGCCCUACCAACCCACAUUCUAUGACGGUUGGCAGCUUCCAGAAUCUUCCUAUGAGGAACCUUCAAGAUACCAAGACUCUACUUCCCUCCGACCCGGACCUGUCAAGCCAGCCGUGAAAAUGCAAGUCCUAUAUGAGUUUGAAGCUAGGAACCCACGGGAACUGACUGUGGUCCAGGGAGAGGUACUGGAGGUUCUGGACCAGAGUAAGCAGUGGUGGCUGGUGAAGAAUGAAAUGGGACGGAGCGGCUACAUCCCCAGCAACAUCCUGGAGCCCCUGCAGUCGGGGUUCCCUGGAAGCCAGAGCAAGUCGUUCCCUCCGGCUCCAGGGCUUCGACUUAGCUCAAGGCCUGAGGAGGUCACAGCCUGGUUGCAGGCAGAGAACUUCUCCACUUUCACAGUGAAGACUCUCGGGUCCAUGCCCGGGCGCCAGCUGCUUCACAUGAGACCUGGGGAGCUACAGAUGCUGUGUCCCCACGAGGCCCCAAAGGUCCUGGCACGGCUGGAGGCUGUCAGAAGGAUGCUGGGGAUGAACCCUUAGGCAGCAACUCAAACACCUCCAAGACCAAGACUUUCUCACAAGCAAGAUGGCAGAUCUGAUAACUCUUUAGAGCCCCGAGAAUUCUUCUUUCAGGCCCCCAGGUUGCAGCGAACCCCACACCCCAGCUCACACAGCAAAGAAGAUGAGCAAGCCCAGGGGAUGAGACAAAUGGUGCCCCUUCUCGCUGUGCUGAGAGCUCUCCCCCGUUGCCACCUAUUUACUGCAUCUCUUUCCUGAGCCUGGAGCACUUAAGCCUAGGUUUGUCAGGACUCUGUUUAGCCCC